AUGGCUCCCCACAGAUACCACGGCAACUGCCAUUGCGGUUCAAUCCGAUUUGAACUCCGUUUACCCCAGCCCCUGGAGACGACUCAUGCUUGUCAAUGUGGUCUGUGUGCGAAAAAGGGGUACCUCUGGCUUUUCCCCGCCAGGGAUGAGUUCGAAAUCACGCGAGGGGGUGGGGAGAUGACCAGGUACUGCGCCCAGACCAGCCACGAAGAGCACUUUUUCUGUCCGACAUGUGGUACGGGAAUUCUAGUCAAGGGCCAUGAGACUCCAACAGGGGGUGUUGGCAUGGGCGUCAAUGCGCGAGCGCUGCUUGAGACGAAUCCAUUCCAACUGAAGGUGGAAAGAAUGGGCCAGGCAUCGCAUGCCCCUUCGACAUUCACAGGGCCUAAACCCGAGGCUGGGGGUGAAGGCUGGAAGGUCUACACGGGCGGCUGCCAUUGCGGUGCCGUCGGGAUAGCCGUCCGGACCAAGCCAUUGCCCGAGAUCGAAGUGAAGGAAGAUAACUGCAGUAUCUGCCAGCGGAAUGCUAAUACAUGCAUGUAUCCCAACCAAACCCAGGUCACCCUCCAAGGUGAAGAGAACUUGGUGGAAUAUCGAUUUGGCCGGAGAUUCACGGGGCAUCGAUUCUGUGGCGUGUGUGGUGUGCCGGUGGGCAUGAAGCUGCACGGACCCCCGCAGUCGGUGGUGGAUCGGCUCCCGGCAGCCAAGCAGGAGAUGGUCCGGCAGAACCUGGCCAUCAUGCCACUCCGAGUGGGCAUUCUUGACGGGGUCGAGUGGUCAGACCUGAAGGUUGAACGAUCGGACGAGGGCACUGAGGGGUAUGUAGUUGACCAGGGGCGAUAG